CCAAUAACCUGAUAUUGGGCUCUACGUAUUCAUACCCAGAUUUUGUCGGCGUUGGUUGAUGUUUGUGUUCCUUGGCCGCAAGGAACAGUUUCAUGAGUAGAUGACUUUCAAAUGUUGCUGAGAAGCUUAUGUAUUGCAUCGAACAUACUAAGCAUUGUACCUAUCCUAGCGGAUUUGCGUCCGACCACACAUGUCCCAAAUAUUUCUGAAACCAGAGUCGCAUGCACUCCGACAACCGAAGAAUCUUACAACGGACAGACUACUAUACAGCUUGGCCCACGCUUCCACUUUCCCGUCCGAUUCUGCCUCAAGCACGAAUGCCACAUAGAGUAUCAGCAAGAACGUCUUUCCUUCGGUGAUUGCCAGCUACCUGCAUAGCAUACUACGGUGGAAACGCACUGCCUUCCAGAGUACUGUACCCUUACUUACAUACCCACCGUCUUCACUUCUCCAUACAAUUCACAACCCACUCUCACCGCACAUCCCGCCCAACCCUUUCCUUUCAU